CUCUUCUGCCUUUCCACCUCGUCCACCUCCCCCCUUACAUCUCUCACCCCGCCCCCCAUGUCCACCCUCUCCUCCCCGCCCGCAGCCUACCCAUGGCCCACAGCCCGCCCGGCCCUCGUCCCCAGGCAGGACGACACUGGGAACGGCACUUCAGACGACACCGCCGCAUCGUCCGCCGCCCCUGAGAGCAGCGCUGCUGCCGAGAGCUCUGAAGCUUCUUCUGCUGCUGCUGCGUCUUCUGAAUCGUCUGAAUCCACCCCGUCGUCUACUACCACUUCUGAUGAUACCCCUUCCUCGCAAUCUCCCACGGCGACAUCUUCUGCCCAACAAACGUCUGUUGCUCAACAAACGUCUACUGCUCAACAAACGUCUACUGCUCAACAAACGUCUGCUGCCCAAUCAUCAGCCCAAACGUCCGAGGCCGCUACGUCUUCAGCCCAGCCAACGACUUCAGAAGCGCAAUCUUCAGCCCAGCCAACGACUUCAGAAGCUCAAUCUUCAGCCGCCGAGUCUUCAGCAGCUCAAUCUUCAACCCCGCAGUCAUCAGCAGCUCAAUCAUCCGCCGCCCAAUCUUCAGCAGCCCAGUCUUCUGCAGUCCCCACCACCUCUCAAGCGCAGAGCUCGGCUCAAGCAUCUCAAUCCCAAACCCAAUCGCCUUCAGCCAGCACGAGUGCUUCAGAAGCGCAAAGCAGUGCGAGCCCGAGUGCGACGAGCGCUGCGACGAGUCAGGCGCAAAGCUCGGCGGCGGCGCAGAGUGAGACGACAGUGUUUUCGACUACACAAGCGCAGAGCAGUCAGGCGGCGGCGAGUAGUCAGGCUCAGUCGAGCGCUGCAGGCGGGGCCGUAACGUCUUCAAACCCGGGUACAACUACUAUAACGGUUGGUGCGAGCUCGUCGGCGGGCGCUUCAACGGCCGGAGCAGCGACAUCGACACAGGCGACAAGCGAUAGUGGUCCACAGACAUCGACCGUCGUCGUCUCUGAGAGCAACACUGCUGCGAGCACCACCGCCCAAUCCGCCUACGUCGCAACCACAACCGACUCUGCCGGCAACGCCGUCACAACCACCCCCGACACCUACACCUCCUCCUACGUAACCACCUCCGACGGCGAAGUCUACACCGUCACCCAAAUUGUGCACAACCCCACCGGCUCCCUCGACUCUGGCUCGUCCUCAUCCGGCGGCUCUUCCAACUCGUUCUUCAGCAACAAGGGCGCGGUGGCGGGGACGUUUGUCGUGGUAGGCUUGGUGGUGAUUGGUCUGGCGGCGGCGUUGGCGUUGUUGUGUUUCAGACGGCGAAGGAGGCAGAGGUUGGAUAGGGAAGUGACUGCAGCUGCUAUGGCUGCGCCCGCUUCAACAGGACGUCAGCCCGUCGACGAGGACCAAAAUUACACGCCUUCCUCCGGUCCGCAGACCAAUAGCGAAUCUUACCCCUCCCCCGCUAGCGGCCCCGACAUGGGCCAAUACGACGGCUACGGCGCUUCCUACGCCAAUGCCGGUGGGUACGACCCCUACGCCGCCGCCGCUGCGGGCUACGGCGCGCAUACAGGGUACGACAACCUCCAGCCAGACGGCCAGGGGUACUACUACGACCCGCACGGAACGCCAGAGCAAUAUAGCGAUGCGCCCACGACGUCGGCGGAGGCGUAUAGCGAUGCGCCGCUCAAUCACGAAGGGCGGAGCGAGGGGCUGCAGAGUGCGGAAGGGAGUCAGGGGGUGGGGCAGGCGUAUUACUUUGACCCGGCGCAGGCGGAAGAGUAUCAUGAUGCGGAACAGGGGGCGGAGCCGUAUACGGAUGAUCCGUAUGGUGGAUAUUCUGGGAACGAGGGGUCGGUGGGUAAUGGGACGCCUCAACACGAGAGGGAGAAUCCUCUGCACGUCGCCAACCCCUCGCGGCAGUAAUGCGUUCGCGUUCAUGACACUACUUCUUUCUCUUCAUUAAUGACCCCGCUUUAAUACGGACAAGGCUUGCGGUUUUUUUUUUCGAGUGUAUAUAACUUCCCAGAGUUCUGAGCGGGAAAAACGAGGGCGAUUCACAGAAUCGAUUCUCUCUCUAUUUUUCUGUCAGUGUCUUUCUCUCUCUUCGAAAAAGGCGGGCAACGCUUCACCUUCUGCUAUGUAGCUUCCACGACGUGUAGUCUAUGACAAGUUUAUCGCACAUAUCUCUUUUACGUUUGUUCAAACAAGAAGUCAUAAUUGAUAUACUGCGAGUUUUUCUUCUGGAAAGUGUUUAUGCAGCACAUACUCGAGUUGUCUUUUUGGUCUUUUCAGUUAUCGCACACUGCAAAACCCUAAGUAUCAUCAGAUUUGGCGAUAGUCUCUGAUCGUGCUGAGCG